GUGAGUCGACGGCAAUUCGGCAUUCAGCGCGAGUGAGUCGCCGUUUGGUUCGCCGCUGACUGUCAGUUGGACCGACGCCGACAGAGGCAAACACGUUCGUUGUCGAGAAGUUUGUCGCGCAUAGACACGCAUUGUGCGAAAAAGUUUGGUCAAAGUUACCGGUUGACAGGAGGCAGCCUCCGUCUAUUGUUUGUUUACGUUUUAUUUUACAAUCGUUACCAUUUCGACAAACAACGAUCGACUAUCAGUUUCUCUGUAUUAUACACGCAAAACAAUGCAACGAAAAGUGAGAGUGGUCUCGUCCUCGUCGUUUCUUCGCUUCGCUAGCACCGUUCGUAAGACGUGAAUCACCUGGCGUGGCAAAUUUUAUCCACACAAACAACAGUGUCGAAGGUCCUGCCGCUGGCUAACGUUGAUACUAAAGUCUGCUGGUGCCGCUUAUUCUACGGCAAAAACGGGGCGGUUGAAAGACGAUUUUUAAGCCAUCGUGAUAACAUACCAUACAUGUGUGUAUAGCAAAAGCCAAUUACGGGGAUGUAUUUUGUCUGUUGUGACAAGUGAAUGAGAAGAUAAUAAGUGCGGUAGUCUUGUAAAAGGGUUUUUUGCUGUGUCGGCGUUCGAAUACGGGACAUAUUCAACUAACGAACGGACAUUACCGUUUUAGUCCUGGCCAACAACUCUCGCAUGUUGUCGAUGCCAAUCGUUGAAAAGCCGCAUCGUAGUGACAAUUCGGUUAUUCUAUUUAACCCCAAACUUACGUUACGCGCCGCGGUGGGUAAUUUGAGGUUAAGGAAGCGACGUCGGGUGAUUAAUAACUCGAUCGGAUUUGGAAUAUCUGUCGAUUAUACCAGUCGAUAAGGGACAAACGGAUAAAGCGAAAGCCGUGAGAGCAGUAACGGGUCGAAACCGUAAAAGUUCGGAGUAGAACGAACAGAGCGCGGUGAAGUGACCAAGAGACGAAGAAGAAGAAGAAGAAAAGAUGUCGGUGGAGAACCAAAACGGCACCGCGACUGCCGUCCCAUUGCAAACGAAUGGGAUAAAAUCUUCGAUAACUAGCAUAUCGACUACCUCGUCGUCGGUCGCCUCGGUUGGCGGCCGGACGAUACCGAACAACUCGUCCUACCUUUACAGCACGAGCUCGGUACUGAAUCGCGAAAAAACUCGUCAAGCACCGCCCACCUUGCCAAAGUACACGUCGAGCUUCAAUGCCGGGACUAACGGCAAUGCCGAAAGACUCGCCAGGGAACGAGAGUCCGGCGGCAGCUACCGACUCGCCAGUUUGGACAGACUGGCCCUCAGACAAAGGAUAUUGGAGGGCGAGGGGAAGCCGAACGGCGACGCCGCAUCGACGAUCCAGACGAAGCGCGAGCUCUUCUUCAAAGCUGAGAGCGGCAGUCUCCCGUCUUCUCCGUCGGUGCCGCCGCCUCAACCUCCGACCGCCGCGGCGACCGGAACGACGUUGACGUCGAGUGUACCUCCAAGCGUAGCGCCUCCUUCAGCACCCACGAAAGCAAGGUUGCCGCAAACCAGCGUCACUCUCAACCAGAAUGACUCCGAGGACAGCAACAAACGCGAGUCAGCGAACAACAGGUCGGCCGACAGCAAGGACUCGAGGUCCGCGCCGACGACUAAACCCAAGGAACUCGACGGUUACGUAGGAUUCGCCAAUCUUCCAAAUCAAGUAUACCGGAAAGCCGUGAAGAAAGGAUUCGACUUCACGCUUAUGGUUGUCGGUGAAUCUGGUCUUGGGAAAUCGACUCUCAUAAACUCCAUGUUCUUGGCUGAUAUAUACAGCACUGAGUACCCUGGUCCGAGUCUUCGAGUGAAGAAAACUGUCGCUGUUGAAACCAGCAAAGUUCUUCUCAAAGAAAAUGGAGUAAACUUAACCCUGACCGUAGUGGAUACACCAGGAUUUGGUGAUGCCGUUGACAAUAGUAAUUGCUGGGUACCUGUCAUUGAAUACAUUGAGUCCAAGUAUGAAGAGUUUUUAAACGCGGAAUCUCGCGUGACAAGAAAACAGAUUGCAGAUAGUCGAGUUCACUGCUGUCUCUACUUUGUGGCUCCAUCCGGUCAUGGAUUAAAACCGCUGGAUGUAGAAUUCAUGCAACGCUUACACGACAAAGUUAACAUUAUUCCAGUUAUCGCCAAAGCAGAUACAAUGACACCAGAUGAAUGCGCACAUUUUAAAAAACAAAUAUUGAACGAGAUCGCUCAGCACAAAAUUAAAAUCUACGAAUUCCCAGAAGAUGAGGAGGAAGAAGAAAGUAAAUUACACAAAGUAUUAAGGGAUAGGGUACCGUUUGCUGUUGUUGGAGCAAAUACCGUCGUCGAACAAGACGGUAAAAAGGUUCGAGGACGGAAGUAUCCGUGGGGUGUUGCCGAAGUUGAAAACCUUGAACACUGUGACUUCAUAGCGUUGCGAAAUAUGGUGAUUCGAACGCAUCUUCAGGACCUCAAAGAUGUGACAAAUAACGUUCACUAUGAGAACUUUAGAUGUCGAACCCUGGCUGGUCUUGGUGUUGAUGGCAAACCGACGAGGAUUUCAAACAAGAAUCCUCUUGCUCAAAUGGAAGAGGAAAAGCGAGAACAUGACAACAAGAUGAAAAAAAUGGAAACUGAAAUGGAACAGGUAUUCGAGAUGAAGGUCCGUGAAAAGAAACAAAAGCUCAAGGAUUCUGAGACUGAUCUACAGCGGCGGCACGAGCAAAUGCGGCGUUCAUUAGAGCAGCAAGUGCGCGAACUUGAAGAAAAAAGACGAGCAUUUGAGUCCGAAAAAUUAGGCUGGGAGCAACAGACUGGACAUAGCAUCGAAGAGCUUCGCAGACGCAGUUUAGAGGCUAACUCCAAAGAGGCCGUCGACGGCAAGGACAAAAAGAAUAAGAAGAAAGGCCUCUUCUAAUCGUACCAUCUCAGACAUAGAACUGUAUGCUUAAAAGAAUAGUGAAUGUACCAGUACCUUUUAGAUACAAUCUCCCGAGUUUGUGAACUUUGGACAUUUCCUGAUCCCUUUAUACUCGAAGAAAAAAAAACAGAAUUCUAUGUCGCUUAUGAUUUUUUAGUUUGAAAAAUUUUGACAAAACUCAACUUUUAUAAUUCACAACUGUUCCAGUUAUUACAUAUUCGAAACACUAUUGUGCUGAAAAGAUCCUCCCUCUUUUCUAUAAAUGGAAUCACGAAUGUGGAGUUUGGAAUUUUGUAACUUUGAGGUACAGGAAUGUAACAGUAUAAUGAGUCAUCACUUCUUAAGUACGUCCAACAUUUAACACAAGUUAUACAAAACUUAUCGGCGAACCAGAAAUGUCUCGUCAACUUCUGAUAGCAGAAGACGAAUGAAUGUUCAUUGUCAGUAUUGCUGCACGCUAACUAUUUUACUAUAAAAUACAUGAGAUAUGGUUUUCAUUAUUGCAAGGUGGGUUUAUUGAGUGAUACGAAGAUGCAUAAAUAACUUGAAAAUUGAUUAUUCUACCUAGAAGCGAACGUUGUUUCGUCAUAACCUUGACUUCAGUAUCUAAAUGUUGUAAUCAUCUAAUCAUUGUCCAACAAACAAAAUUUGUAACUUUGAAUUGGUUAUCAAGAUUCAAUUUUUUGUUACAUAAAAUCAAUCUUGUCUGUAGCUGCUGAGCUGAUGAUUGCCAAUAAUUCAGUAUUUGUAAAAACUACAAUUCUACAUAUAAAUUGAAUAAAUUUAUGUAUCAUGUUUACUGGCGCAAAGAUUAACCAUUUGACUCGAUUGGAAAUACGUAUUUUCGCGAGUUGACUAUAUUGUUCAAAUGAAAACUGAAGUAAAAUAGAAAUUGUAUAAUUUGAUUUAUAUCUUUGUAGCCAAAAUAGUGGCCAUAUAUAUUUAUGUAUAAAUGAUGAAUUUUAAUCGUGUAAGCGUAAAAUAUAUCAAAGAGAGUCAGACAAGUUGGAAAUACCUAUGUAGUAAAAUUAGUGUAAUAGAUUUCACGUUUUCAGACAGUGUGUUCAUUCCAUAUAUUAUAAUAAUUUACUGUCCCGUUAUCGAAAUGUAAUUCACGCAUAAGUCAAUCUUUGUUGAUAAUUUUUUUUUUCCAUAUUACAUUUCCCAGUAAUUGUAUCAAAAUAUGAUUUUCAAUCCCUUUUUUUUUUUAUUAAAUUUGCUUCGUAACAGGGCAGUAAAUUUUUAUGUAUGUAUAACGAAUUAUAAAUAAUUCAUUCAAGCCUUACACACUGUUUGAAACGUCAAGUGUACCUAGUUAAAAAUAAUUAAGCUACUUUUGUGCCAAGAUGAAAUUGAAAAAUUUUGUAACGCAAGCGAGCGGUUUUUCGCGUUUGUUAAGCAAGUCAUGAAAUUCCUCAGUGAAAUUCAUAAUUUAUUUGAUAAAAAAAGCCCCACGCUACAUUCCUAUUUUGUACGCAUUUUCUAGCAAUUGCUAUUUCCAUCGACUCGAUGCCAUGUUUUAAGUAGAGAGUGAAAACAAAAUAUUCUAACUCCAUGAUAAUAAAGUAUUUGAAAAGAAUUCACUGCAAGUCGCAACUUCAAGAACCAUAUAACAAUUUCGUACAAUUUGUUAAGUGAUUCAUUUGUUUCAAUCCAUCACAUUGUCACCGGAAAUUUUUAAGGAGAUUAAGGGGAUUGGGAAGAAAAACAUCUCGCGGCGAGAUGUUGACGUACAAACUAAAAAUUUGUUUAAUUUAAUUAAAUCAUUGUGACCGAUGGUCAAAGAUUUUGUACAAAACUGGAUAAGCUGUUUUCGACGAAUUUUACUCUCUGAUUAAUCAUACGUUAAUAAAAAUAUUUUUUGUAUGAAAACGGAUUUAUCCAAGUUUCAGAAUUGAAUAUUGUAACUCUGAUGAAGUUUUUGCUCUGCUAUUGCGAGUAAUGUAUGUACUGGACCGCAAUCUUAAUAUUCGAGCAGAAAUCCGUUUAAAAUUGAAUUCAAACGUGUAUCUUUUAUGAAUUUUUUCGCUUACAGAGGAAAGUAUGAUUAGCAUUUGUAUUUAUUUUUACAAUUCAUCAGAGUAUUUACAAACGAUUUAUAUAUAUAUUUGCAUACGUACCGAAGAUUAUUGCGAGAGAAAAAUGAAAACUUCAUAAAGUUCAUGAAACUUGCAUAAUGCAAUUUAUUUUUAAUAUUUAAGAAAUUAUCAGUUAUUCGUACAUAUUCAAACACGACCACAAUCGCAGAAUUUUUAAUUUACAGUCGUAGUCGUAAAGAAUUGACAUUACUUAGUAUUUAGCUGUGGAAUAAUUUACAGAGAAAAAAAAGGACUAGCUGCCGAUGCGUAUGUCUAUUUUAUCAGCCAGGCUUAUGCUCGAUAGAAUACGGCGUUAAAUGAAAAAUAUUGUUACGAAUUGUGUAACUAUAUUGAUUACAAAUCGAGAAUGGUAAUUAUAUUUUGCCGUGCCAUAGAUGAAAGGAACAACGCUGCCGACGCUACUUUUAGACAAAUUGAAUAAUGAUUGAAUCCGUAAUUAUACUAUAGUAAUUAUAAUUAUGUAUCAAGUAAAUUAUGUAUAAAAAAGACAAUCAAAUGAU